AUUUAUCCGCCAAAAGCAACUAUUGUGUAAAAAGUGGGUCGAGAGUGAACUUGAUGCACUCGAGUACGAUAAAUUAUUAGAACUCUUUAUACUCGAAGAUAUAAAGAAGUGCAUGCCUGUAAAGGUUCGCUCUCACAUUGACGAGCGUGGUCUGCGCACAUUAGCCGAGGUCGGUAGUGCCGCCGAUCAUUUCGCUCUCACUAAUCCUAACUACUAUUGCAGAUCUAAUGAACCUUCAUUCCCGUCAAACCAGCAUAAUAGUAAGAGGAUGGAGUAUAGUACCAGGAGGACUGACCUGCCAGAUACCCACAGGACUGUAAAUGCAAAGUCGUCAGAAACAGGUGGUGAGAGUAGGAAUAUUGCCUCUCGCGGUGAGAAUCUUUCUUUUUGCCGUUAUUGCAAGAAACAUGGUCAUGUCAUGAAUGACUGUUUUAAGUUGGCAAAUAAGCGUUCUGACCAUAACAAACGCAUUUUUCACGUAAAUGCUAAUAAUAAGAAAGAGGUUGCAUCUAAAUAUCAUGGGGAUAAGCUUGAUCUGGGCCUUUCUCCCUUUUCCAUGACAGAAUCUGCAAAUGUGACUCCUUCAUUUAAACCCUUUUGUUCUACAGGAUUUAUUAGUGCUGAUGAAUCGUGCACGUCUUCUUCCCCAGUCACUAUACUACGGGACUCGGCUGCAGAUAUAUCAUUGGUGCUCAAAGAGGCUGUUCCUAACCCUGAUUGUUACACUGGAGACAUGCAAACAUUGGUUCUCUUCUACAGGAGUAUGGUAAACUAUUCAGUGAUGUACCUCGUCUUUGCCCAUUGCUGGAACACGAUGUUGAGACUAGGGAUGCUCAACCAGUACGCCAAGCUCCCUAUCGCCUCAAUGCAGAGAAGAGGGCAUUCCUACAGGCAGAGGUUCAACGCCUGAAAGAACAGGGGAUCAUCAUUCCCAG